AUCAAAUUGACGUGGUGCUGUUCGGAAUUUUCCCAGAGUUUUUCCGCUCCCUGGAAUAUCGGCCACAAAAUCGACCGACACGACACCGACCAGCUACCGAUGGUCACCGUCGAUUCCUUUGCGAUUCCGUUGAUUUCCGGCCGUGGCUCGCUCGCUCGGCUCGUGUGUGUGCUGGCCACCGGGCGGCACUAGUUGAACGCUCUGUGCGGAACCCGCUUCCUUUACGACCGUACGGUCUCUUACGUUGCACUUUUGUGUUUCCAGAGUGGACACCGCCUGGUCGGCGUGAGAGGAUAACGAUUUGCAUUUUCGUGGUGCCACCGGUCUGCUGCUGCACGCACAUCUCGAGACAGCUGACAGUGUGGUGCCGAUUGUACUUAUCAUUGCCCGUUGCCCCGCUCCACACACGAAAACGUCACGCAACAUAAUUGAAUUAUAUUAACCCACAACCCCCCUCCGGCGCGACCAGUGGCACGCACGCACGCAGACGGCGCUACGUUGGAGAGCCCACUUCGCCCGCCCCUUCCAUCCAUUCCUUUUGCGUUGUCGAAGCAACGGCAUCGGCCGGUUGCUACGAUUGCCCUUGGCCAGUGAUUGGAUAGGGCUAGAGAAAACGAUUACGAGUAAAGACAGUCGAGGGGAAACAAAUCGGUCCAAGAUUGCCUACCGCCAACUAUGAUGAACGAAGAGUCGUCCUCGUCGCCGGCGAGCCGGAACGUGGUGGCACAAUUCUUCAGGAGGCUAGGUCAGCUCUAUCAACUGCAGCUGGACAAAUGGACGCCCCACACCAAGGUACGGUGGGUGGCGGCGUUCGUGCUGAUCGGUCUGUUCCUGCUGCGAGUAUUCACCAAACAGGGCUGGUACAUCGUAACGUAUGCGCUCGGUAUCUACCAUCUGAAUCUGUUCAUCGCUUUCCUUACGCCGAAAAUUGAUCCGGCGCUCGAUCUCGACGAUGAUCAAGGGCCCGAGCUACCGACGAAGGCGAACGAAGAGUUUCGACCGUUCAUCCGCCGGUUACCGGAGUUCAAGUUUUGGUACGCAAUCAGCAAAAGCACCGUGAUCGGUAUCAUCUGUACCUUCUUCGAGGUGUUCAACGUGCCCGUCUUUUGGCCGAUCCUGGUGCUCUACUUCAUCACCCUGUUCUGCAUCACGAUGAAGCGACAGAUCAAGCACAUGAUCAAGUUCCGCUACCUGCCGUUCACCCAUAGUAAGCCCCGCUACCAGGCGGUACCGACGGAAAAGUGACAAUUAAAAGCACAAACUCUACCAGCAUCCGCAUCGUCCUCGUCGUCCUCGCUGGGAUCGGCCGUUGGCGCAGCUGGCAUCAUGUCGGCCACCGCUCCAAUGGCCCCCGCCUCGGUGGCAGCCGUUCACCCGUCCGCGGUGUCGCAGCCAUCCACCUCGUCGUCGUCGUUGUCGUCAUCGUUGUCGUCCUCGUUGCCUUUCGCCAGCUCUGCUUCGGUGACGAUUUCAACUGUCUAAAACCGACCCGUUUUCGGGCAGGGGAAGGGGUUAAGAGAGGAGGAAAAGGGUCAAACGCAAAUAGCAAAAGCAGACCGACCGAGGGAACUCGCUUUUCCCACAAGCGACCGUCAUACACACCGUCACUAGCUGGUUCGAUCACUACCGGUUCGGUUCGGUUCGGUUUUUUUUUUAAAUUAUGAUUUCCGGUCCUCCUUUUGAAUCAUCCCUUUGGAUCCCCCCUCACCUCUUCUCGGUUUUUAGCAGCGAUCCCGUGAUCUACCCGGGACAUUGAGCGACACGGCUAGGAUUGAUUUGAGAUGCGUUUUCUGGUAUUGAUUUGUGCUUACGUCGUAGUAGAACAGCAUAUAUUAACGGUUAAGGAAGAUUACGUUCGAUUCGAUAACAGUUUCUCCAACGGCAUUAUUAUUCGGCGUACGGCUCGGCUCUGUUCCUCUCCACGCAGUUUGGUCCACAUCAAUUUCCCCUUUUCUGUGUGCUGUGCUGUUUUGUGAAAUAGACAGCAUACAAAACGGCAGGUUUCCGGCCUUGUUUUAGAUUCUCGCUUAACACUGAUGUUGAUUCCUGGAGUCAGCAAGUAAUGUUUAGGAUAAACUGAUCGAAUGGAAUGCCAAAAAGCGAAGCAAAAGUUCCAAAAAAAACAAAAGAAAAAACCGUGGACCAAACGCAGGUAACGCAAACAAAACCGAGUUAGAGUGUUUGUUUAAAGUGUUAUAAUGUUUAGUUAUUUUGUUAAGUAUGCGUGCAGGGGAUGAGUUUCUUUGUAAUUAUUACGAGUAAUAUGAACAGGCUUAGGUUGUUAGCGGGGGUUUCUCUAUUUGCUGCAAUCCAUAUUAUAACCAUUCAUGGCCCUUUAUCAUUUAAAAAGUAUUUUACUACGCGAAUACCGUUCCGACUCUAUUCACCGUUUCCCUUUUUUAGUUCCCUUAUAUUUUUCUCGGUUUCUUUUGUGUCUCUAUCUGUCCAAGCGGGUGUACGAUUCCCAGUUUUAUUUUCUUUUAGUCCGCUUGCACCUUGCGCCAUUCAUUUCUUUAGUAGUUCACAGACCACAGACCACAGACCUGCUGACCAGGCAGUAGGGCAGAACCACAGUUGAGGCAUUUUGGUUUAAACCGGAACCGUUGUCAUGUGAGUGUGGUGGAGAGUGUUAGUAUAUUUGGUUUAGCCCUUUUUUUUGCGGUCGCAAACAAGGAAGCACCGACGUGCGGCCAUCGAGCGAGCGAUAAGAUAGCGAUAGAGAAGGUACGGCUUUGUCACGCCUGAUAGCGUGGUGCGUAUGACUCGUCAAAAUCAGAAUCCAACAAAAAAGAAUAGGAACAAGGUCCCCAGUCUCAGAAGGCGAUGCACAUGAGUUAAUAGAAUUAUUCUUUCCAUUUGUUCUAAACCUGCAGUUUGCAGUGGUGAUCGUAGAAUGCCGUUCAUUUAGAAGGAUCUCCAUUCUCCGACCCGAACGGGAUUUACGAAACGGCGGCGCAAUCUACAGGACAGGACAGGAUAGAUAGAAAGAGAGAGAGAGGAACGGUGAUGUGGAAAACGGGAAACAAAGGUGGUCUGGGAAGCGAAAGGGGAUCGAAGGAGGCGUUCCCUCGCUCCUUUAUAACCAAAUAAACGAAUAAAGUAAUCAGAACAGCA